GAUUUGCUUUAUUGGGUAAUUGCAAAAACUUGGAUUUAAACCCAGUAGUUUUGUAUUACUAGCAACUUUAUCUCUUCAUAUUAUUUUUGUUUUUGCUUUCUUUCAUUUUUGCACUUUCAGUUGACAAUUACAAAGGAACCCCAUUUCAGCAGAUUAGUGUACCAAAGCUUUGCACUUUGCCUUAGUUUCAGUCUCUAGAUAAACCCCAUAUCUGCUCCUUAGUUGGCUUCUUUCUUUCUUUCUUUCUUUUUUUUUUUUACUCUCUAUCUUCUUCAUUUUUGGGUUGAUGAAUUCUAUUUGCGGGUGAUAAAAGAGAGUAGAAAAUUACAGGGGAAAAAAUGAGAUCAUACAUUUAUUUCUUGCUUCGGUUUCUUGCCUAUGGAGUAUCUUUUGUGACUUGUGUUUCUUUCCCUACUAAUGAAGUUUGGGCUCUUACAACAUUUAAGGAAGCUAUAUAUGAAGACCCGCAUCUGGUUUUGUCAAACUGGAAUGCUUUAGAUGCUGAUCCAUGUGAGUGGUCUGGGAUUAUUUGUAAUGUGGAGAGACAACAUGUUAUAAAGAUAAACAUAUCUGGUUCAUCUUUGAAGGGAUUUCUUGCACCGGAAAUGGGCCAAAUUACCUACUUGCAAGAACUAACUUUACGGGAGAACAAUUUAAUAGGGAUAAUACCUAAAGAACUGGGCAUGUUGAAAUUCCUCAAAGUUUUGGAUUUGGGGAUGAAUCAACUGACGGGUCCUAUUCCUUCAGAGCUAGGGAAUUUAACCAGUGUGAUGAAGAUAAACCUUCAGUCAAAUGGGUUGACCGGGAGCUUGCCUGCUGAGUUUGGCAAUUUAAAAUAUCUUCAGGAACUUCACCUUGAUAGAAAUAAACUUCAAGGAACUGUUCCUGCUGAUAGCAAUUCAGCUUUUACAGCUCAGAUACAUGGAAUGUAUGCCUCACGUUCAAACUUAACUGGACUUUGUCGCUUGUCUCAGUUAAAGGUGGUAGAUUUCUCCUACAAUUUUUUGGUUGGAAGCAUACCUAAGUGUUUGGAAUAUCUUCCGAGCACAAGCUUUCAAGGGAACUGCCUUCAGGUCAAAGAUGUUAAACAGCGUCCCACCACACAAUGCAGUGCAAUGCCAUCCAGAAGACACCAACCACGCAGCCCUAAGCAUUGGCCUGCUGCAGACAUUGUUAAGCAUCAGAAAACACCAAAACCUGCUUGGCUUUUAGUUCUUGAAAUAGUGACAGGCAUCCUGUUGGGAUCUCUCUUUCUUGUUGCCUUCCUCACUGCUUUACAAAGAUGCAACAAGAAGUCUGCAAUCAUAAUACCUUGGAAGAAAUCAGGGAGCGAGAAGGAACAUGUGGCAGUAUACAUUGAUUCUGAGUUGUUGAAGGACGUGACUAAAUACAGCAGACCAGAGCUUGAAGUAGCUUGUGAAGACUUCAGCAACAUUAUUGGUUCCUCUCCAGACAGUUUGGUCUACAAAGGCACCAUGAAGGGUGGGCCUGAAAUUGCUGUGAUAUCCCUCUGCAUUAAAGAGGAGCAGUGGACAGGCUAUCUUGAGCUCUAUUUCCAGAGAGAGGUGGCAGAUUUGGCAAGAUUGAAUCAUGAGAAUAUGGGGAAAUUACUAGGUUACUGUAGAGAGAGCACUCCAUUUACAAGGAUGCUUGUUUUUCAAUAUGCAUCAAAUGGAACGCUAUAUGAGCAUUUGCAUUAUGGAGAAGGAUCCCAAUUAUCUUGGACGAGGCGUAUGAGAAUUAUUCUUGGCAUUGCUCGAGGACUCAAUUAUCUUCAUACUGAUCUUGAGCCACCAUUCACUAUAUCAGAGUUAAACUCUAGUGCUGUGUAUCUUACAGAGGAUUUUUCCCCCAAGUUGGUUGAUUUUGAAAGUUGGAAGACCAUUCUUGCUAGAUCAGAAAAGAACUCUGGCUCUAUCGGCAACAAUGGUGCCAUAUGUCUACUUCCUAAUUCUGUGGAGAAACGUCAUCUGGAUAUCCAGGGAAAUAUUCAUGCCUUUGGCAUACUUCUGCUGGAGAUUAUUAGUGGGAGGCCUCCAUUCUGCAAGUACAGAGGGAGCUUGGUAGAUUGGGCCAAGGACUAUCUUGAAUUACCAGAAGUAAUGUCUUACAUUGUGGACCCAGAGCUAAAACAUUUCAGCUAUGAUGACCUCAAAGUUAUCUGUGAAGUUAUAAGCCUUUGCAUCAAUCCAGACUUUUCUAAACGGCCAUCCAUGCAGGAAGUAAGCCUCAUGUUGGAGAGCAGAAUUGACACAUCGGUAUCCGUUGAGCUCAAGUCAUCUUCUUUGGCAUGGGCUGAACUUGCUCUUUCCUCGUGAAUGAGUUGAAGCUAACACACUGUACAUCAAAUACAUACAGUUUUACCCUUUUUCUUCUAUUCGAUCUUUUUGGUCUUUGUAAAUGCUGCAUUUGGCUUCAUCUAUACUGAAAAUCCACUUGCAUUUUAUACCAUUGGAUGUUCAAAAAAUUUUCUGAAAUCAUAGAAUAGCUGACUAGCUCUUUUUCCUUGGGUCAUGUACAACCAGUUUCACUAUGUAUGUAAAUUAUGUUUAUGUUGUCUCAACGUCCACAAUGAAAUUAUUGGUCGUCUGCUUUGUACAUUAUUGGGAGCUUGCUUCUUGUAAUCUUAGAAAAUUAUUACAGCUAAUACCCUAAUAGAACUGUCGUGGCCUAUUCUGUUCAGUUGUCAGUCUUUCUCCUUUUCAGCUUAAAGUAUUAGAACAAAAUAUUUUGAGACAUUCAUUUUUCUGUCAAAUGGAAUUAAAAGGAAUCUGUUUAGCUGUUAUUAAUGAUUUAAUCAAAUUUAAGAUAUCAUUUAAUUGAAGUUUUUACCAGGCAAAGUGUGCUCUAUGUUGAGCUGGACAGGACAAAAGGGUUGAAAAUGUGCUGCCGCACUUGAUGUUCUCUUUGUUGCAGAUAAACCUCGUUUGGUAAAGAAAGAUGAAAAUGAUGACGCGGAAGUUCUCUCAUCUCAUGAUCAAGAUUUAUCAAUACAGCUUUAGUGAUUAGACAUUUCCUAAAUUCCCUACCACGCAAAGCCAAUGAUCGAUGCAAAUAAAACCCUGCGGUAAGUAAAAGCAAUGCGAUGGUUUUAGCAAGAAAUUUCAGGCUACAAAUGGCUCAAUUUAUCCUAGAUCAACCUGCUCGGAAUGAAGGUCUUUUCCAUCAGGCACAUGGCUGCAAAACUCAACCUGCUAGUGCUUUG